GUCCCAUUUAAAAUCAUUUGAGACUUGAAGCAGCAAGUACACGCAUAAAGUAAGACGCACUCAGCGAGAAAGUAUUUAAUUGUUGGUGAACCUAAUAAUAAUUAUAAUUAAAAGAACCUUCUCGAAAGUCACAAAAAAACAAUAAUCCAAAAUGCAGAUCUUUGUGAAGACCUUGACUGGAAAGACAAUCACUUUGGAGGUGGAGCCCUCGGAUACCAUCGAGAAUGUGAAGGCCAAGAUUCAGGAUAAGGAGGGAAUUCCUCCAGAUCAGCAGCGUCUGAUCUUUGCCGGCAAGCAGCUGGAAGACGGACGCACCCUGUCCGAUUACAACAUCCAGAAGGAGUCGACCCUUCACUUGGUUCUCCGUCUGCGUGGUGGUAUGCAAAUCUUCGUGAAGACCCUGACUGGCAAGACCAUCACUUUGGAGGUGGAGCCUUCCGAUACCAUUGAAAACGUGAAGGCCAAAAUCCAAGAUAAGGAGGGAAUCCCCCCAGAUCAGCAGCGUCUGAUCUUUGCCGGCAAGCAGCUGGAAGACGGACGCACCCUGUCCGAUUACAACAUCCAGAAGGAGUCGACCCUUCACUUGGUUCUCCGUCUGCGUGGUGGUAUGCAGAUCUUCGUGAAGACCCUGACUGGCAAGACCAUCACCCUCGAAGUGGAGCCAUCGGACACUAUUGAGAAUGUGAAGGCUAAGAUUCAAGACAAGGAGGGAAUCCCCCCAGAUCAGCAGCGUCUGAUUUUCGCCGGCAAGCAGCUCGAGGAUGGACGCACUCUUUCUGACUAUAACAUACAGAAGGAGUCGACCCUUCACUUGGUUCUCCGUCUGCGUGGUGGUAUGCAAAUCUUCGUGAAGACCCUGACUGGCAAGACCAUCACUUUGGAGGUGGAGCCUUCCGAUACCAUUGAAAACGUGAAGGCCAAAAUCCAAGAUAAGGAGGGAAUCCCCCCAGAUCAGCAGCGUCUGAUUUUCGCUGGCAAGCAACUGGAAGACGGACGCACCCUGUCCGAUUACAACAUCCAGAAGGAGUCGACCCUUCACUUGGUUCUCCGUCUGCGUGGUGGUAUGCAGAUCUUCGUGAAGACCCUGACUGGCAAGACCAUCACCCUGGAAGUGGAGCCAUCGGACACUAUUGAGAAUGUGAAGGCUAAGAUCCAAGAUAAGGAGGGAAUCCCUCCAGAUCAGCAGCGUCUGAUUUUCGCCGGCAAGCAACUGGAAGACGGACGCACCUUGUCCGAUUACAACAUCCAGAAGGAGUCGACCCUUCACUUGGUUCUCCGUCUGCGUGGUGGUAUGCAGAUCUUCGUGAAGACGCUGACUGGCAAGACCAUCACUUUGGAGGUGGAGCCUUCAGAUACCAUUGAAAACGUGAAGGCCAAAAUCCAAGAUAAGGAGGGAAUCCCUCCAGAUCAGCAGCGUCUGAUUUUCGCCGGCAAGCAACUGGAAGACGGACGCACCUUGUCCGAUUACAACAUCCAGAAGGAGUCGACCCUUCACUUGGUUCUCCGUCUGCGUGGUGGUAUGCAGAUCUUCGUGAAGACGCUGACUGGCAAGACCAUCACUUUGGAGGUGGAGCCUUCAGAUACCAUUGAAAACGUGAAGGCCAAAAUCCAAGAUAAGGAGGGAAUCCCUCCAGAUCAGCAGCGUCUGAUUUUCGCCGGCAAGCAACUGGAAGACGGACGCACCCUGUCCGAUUACAACAUCCAGAAGGAGUCGACCCUUCACUUGGUUCUCCGUCUGCGUGGUGGUAUGCAAAUCUUCGUGAAGACCCUGACUGGCAAGACCAUCACCCUGGAAGUGGAGCCAUCGGACACUAUUGAGAAUGUGAAGGCUAAGAUCCAAGAUAAGGAGGGAAUCCCUCCAGAUCAGCAGCGUCUGAUUUUCGCCGGCAAGCAACUGGAAGACGGACGCACCCUGUCCGAUUACAACAUCCAGAAGGAGUCGACCCUUCACUUGGUUCUCCGUUUGCGUGGUGGUAUGCAAAUCUUCGUGAAGACCCUGACUGGCAAGACCAUCACCCUCGAAGUGGAGCCAUCGGACACUAUUGAGAAUGUGAAGGCUAAGAUCCAAGACAAGGAGGGAAUCCCCCCAGAUCAGCAGCGUCUGAUUUUCGCCGGCAAGCAGCUCGAGGAUGGACGCACUCUUUCUGACUAUAACAUCCAGAAGGAGUCGACCCUUCACUUGGUUCUCCGUCUGCGUGGUGGUAUGCAAAUCUUCGUGAAGACCCUGACUGGCAAGACCAUCACUUUGGAGGUGGAGCCUUCCGAUACCAUUGAAAACGUGAAGGCCAAAAUCCAAGAUAAGGAGGGAAUCCCCCCAGAUCAGCAGCGUCUGAUUUUCGCUGGCAAGCAACUGGAAGACGGACGCACCCUGUCCGAUUACAACAUCCAGAAGGAGUCGACCCUUCACUUGGUUCUCCGUCUGCGUGGUGGUAUGCAAAUCUUCGUGAAGACCCUGACUGGCAAGACCAUCACCCUGGAAGUGGAGCCAUCGGACACUAUUGAGAAUGUGAAGGCUAAGAUCCAAGAUAAGGAGGGAAUCCCUCCAGAUCAGCAGCGUCUGAUUUUCGCCGGCAAGCAACUGGAAGACGGACGCACCCUGUCCGAUUACAACAUCCAGAAGGAGUCGACCCUUCACUUGGUUCUCCGUCUGCGUGGUGGUAUGCAAAUCUUCGUGAAGACCCUGACUGGCAAGACCAUCACCCUCGAAGUGGAGCCAUCGGACACUAUUGAGAAUGUGAAGGCUAAGAUCCAAGACAAGGAGGGAAUUCCCCCAGAUCAGCAGCGUCUGAUUUUCGCCGGCAAGCAGCUCGAGGAUGGACGCACUCUUUCUGACUAUAACAUCCAGAAGGAGUCCACUUUGCACUUGGUUCUCCGUCUGCGUGGUGGUAUGCAGAUCUUCGUGAAGACCCUGACUGGCAAGACCAUCACCCUGGAAGUGGAGCCAUCGGACACUAUUGAGAAUGUGAAGGCUAAGAUCCAAGAUAAGGAGGGAAUCCCUCCAGAUCAGCAGCGUCUGAUUUUCGCCGGCAAGCAACUGGAAGACGGACGCACCUUGUCCGAUUACAACAUCCAGAAGGAGUCGACCCUUCACUUGGUUCUCCGUCUGCGUGGAGGUAUGCAAAUCUUCGUGAAGACCCUGACUGGCAAGACCAUCACCCUCGAAGUGGAGCCAUCGGACACUAUUGAGAAUGUGAAGGCUAAGAUCCAAGACAAGGAGGGAAUCCCCCCAGAUCAGCAGCGUCUGAUUUUCGCCGGCAAACAGCUCGAGGAUGGACGCACCUUGUCCGAUUACAACAUCCAGAAGGAGUCCACUUUGCACUUGGUGCUCCGUCUCCGCGGAGGAAUGCAGGCUUAAACUAAAUACAUUUCCAAAUAAACACAAAUUUAGCACGCA